AUGGAAAGACAAGGCUCAAACAAGAAGAAAAUCCUUUACAACGAUUAUGGCUUCAUGGAUAUUGUUUUUUCUUGGUCUAUUGAAUAUAUUCUUGAUGAAGAUUCAUACAAGAAUCAGGUUGACAAGAUUGGACUGUCGUUUGAUUCUACCAGUCAUUAUCUUGGAUCAUAUAAAUAUCCAUUGCUUGAAGAAACUCGAGCAACACUAUCCUCGAGUAUGGAACUUAUAUGCCAAGCACCUUAUGGCAAGGUGCUUGGACUUAAAGAGGCAAAACCAUUUGAUAACAGAAAUGGUGAUGAAACAGAAAAAACAUUCAAAGAUAAAAUGUAUAACUUGAAAAUAGAUGGAUGGGAAAAGAGGUUUGUUCAUGGUAGAGAGGCAUACAAAACAUUACCUGGUGAUGUUUUGGUUUUGACCGAUUAUAAACCUGAAUCAGUCAAUGAUUUGCAAAGAUAUGGAAGAAUGUGGUGUUUUUUGUCAAUUGUGAAAACAGAUGAUGACAAUGAAAAUAUGGAUUCUGUUUCUUUUAAGGUCAAGGCAUCAAAAGAUCUUUAUCUUGAUCAGUUGAAAUACAAAUCUCUUUUUGUUGUUUUCUUGACAAAUGUUGGUUCUUAUAGAAAAACAUGGACUUGUCUCCAUAUGAAUCAUGGUAAUUUAAAGCUUUUCAAGCAAAUCUUGAGCACCAAUAAUGAUGAGGUCAAGGGAAGUUGUGAUUGCAUCUCCCAAUCUGAUGCUAUAUGGGAUGAUUGUUCAUAUCUAAGAGUAUCAUCUGAGCUGAAUGAGUCGCAAAACAAUGCGAUUCACGAUUGUAUUUCUGGCAUUCGUUGCAAUCACAACUCUAUUGUGAAGCUUAUUUGGGGUCCACCUGGCACUGGAAAGACCAAAACCUUGGGAACACUUCUUUUUGUUCUAAUGAAAAUGAAAUAUAGAAUCCUUGUAUGCGCUCCAACGAAUGUUGCGAUCAAGGAAGUGGCUUCACGUGUGUUGAACAUAGUGAGAGAGUCACUUGGUAGCAAAAAUGGUGAUUACUUCUCUUCUGCAGGUAACAUUCUGUUGUUUGGAAACAAUGAGCGGCUUGAUGUUGAUAAUAAUGAGGUUGAAGAUAUAUUUUUGGAUAACCGAAUGCAACAGCUCAGGAAAUGGUUAUCGCCUCAUACGGGAUGGAGAAGUUGCCUAAAUUCAAUGAAUGAUUUACUCAAACAUUGUGCUUCUGAUUAUCAAAUAUUCAUCCAGAAUAGAAGCUAUAAGCCGAAGUCAUUUGUGGAGUUUCUGAAAGAGAAAUUUCAUUUUAGAGCAUUGCAGCUGAAAGAGUGCAUUUCCAGCUUGUGCACUCAUGUACCGAUGUGUUUCAUAUUAGAACAUAACUACAGGAACUUAGUGUGUUUAAAUGAGAAACUUGAGUCAUUUCAAGAAAUGCUGUUUCAACAGAAUCUGGCUUCUGAAAAAUUGGAAACACUUUUCUCUAAUAUGGAAAUUUCAGUUGAUUCGUCUUGGAAUUUAAAGAACAGUGCUGAAGAACAUGUGUUCAAGAAGAGAACUGAAUGUUUAUCAGCUUUAGAAACUGCAAAAGAUUCACUUCACAGACUUGAUUCAAUCAGAUUUACUAACGAUAAUUCAGUUAAAGAGUUUUGUUUUGAAAACUCGUCAAUAAUUUUCUGUACAGCUGCUACUUCAUUUAGGCUGCACGCAGUUUCUAUGAAGCCAAUUAACAUUUUGGUGAUCGAUGAAGCAGCGCAACUUAAAGAGUGUGAAUCUAUCACACCUUUACAACUACCAGGAAUAAACCACGCCAUUCUUGUUGGUGACGAGUGUCAACUUCCUGCCAUGGUUCGAAGCAAUGUUUGCACUGAAGCUGGUUUUGGGCGAAGCUUAUUCGAGAGGUUGAGCUUAUUGGGUAGCCCAAAAAGUCUUCUCAACAUGCAACAUAGGAUGCAUCCUGAUAUAAGCUCUUUUCCAAAUUCAUAUUUCUAUAGUAGCAAAAUUCAGGAUGCACCAAAUGUUAAAAGAAACUACACUAAGCAAUAUCUUCCUGGGCCAAUGUUUGGUCCCUAUUCUUUUAUAAAUGUAGCCGGGGGAAGAGAAGAGUUUGAUGACGAUGGGAGGAGUUAUAAGAACAUGGCUGAAGUUGCUGUUGUCAUGAUGAUACUAAAGAAUUUGCACAAAGCAUGGGUUCCUAAAAAGGAGAAACUCUCCAUCGGAAUAGUUUCUCCAUAUGCUGGACAAGUACUCAAAAUCCAAGAGAAACUUGAAAGGUUUAAUGGAUUCAGUGUGAAUGUGAAAUCAAUCGAUGGUUUCCAAGGCGGUGAACAAGAUAUUAUUAUAUUAUCAACUGUAAGAACAAACCACAGGUCUUCUCUACAGUUUGUUUCAUCUCCUCACAGAACAAAUGUGGCUCUCACAAGGGCUAGGCAUUGUUUAUGGAUUUUGGGCAAUGAAAGGGCCCUUGUAAGGGAUGAGAAUGUCUGGAAGAAUUUGAUUUUUGAUUCCAAGAAACGUGGAUCGUUCUUUCAUGCAGAUCAAGACCCCGAAAUGGCUAAGGCUAUCUUGGAAUCCUUAAAAGAGUUAGAUCAAUCACUUGAUUUGCUCGAUACAAAUAGUGCUAUUUUCAGAAAUACAUUGUGGAAGGUUCAUUUCAGUGAUAAAUUUCGUAGAUCCUUCAUGAAGGUGCGUCUACAGAAUAGUAAAUUCUUAGUUAUAAAUGUUUUGAAAAGAAUUGUGAGUGGGUGGAGACCAAGAGGGCGGAGUGUUGAAUUCAUUUGUGAAGGUUCUUCUAAGAUUCUGAAACAUUUUAAGGUUGAGAAUCGCUACAUUAUUUGUUCAGUAGAGAUUGUGAAGGACUUGAGGUGCUACAUUCAGGUUCUCAAAAUUUGGGACCUAGUGUCUGUAGAAGAGAUCGCACGAUCAGCUAAACACAUAGACACUGAAUUUAAAAGAUACACCGAUAAAUAUAUAGUUUGCUCCAAAGAGAGAGGUUUUGAUGGGAAAGUAGAGUUUCCUUUGAGCUGGCCAAUAACUGCAAAUAUCCAAAAGUUAAAGAGUGUUGGUACUGAUAAUACCAAGGAGGCUGCUUUAGUUGUUUCUGAAGAUGCAAAUACUGCGGUUAAAAACUCAAUGAUUGAAGAGAGUACUUUGUUGAUGAAGUUCUGCAGCAUUUCACUAGAUUAUACACCUAAUGGCCGUGAUGCUAUUGAAAUGGAUCUUCCAUUCGAGUUAACAGACGAACAAUGGACUAUCAUUACCGUCCCAAAGAGUACAUUUGUACUCGGUCGAUCAGGCACGGGAAAAACAACAGUUCUUUCUACAAAAAUGAUUCUAAAUGAAAAACUGCACCAUACUGCUGUCGAAAGAGCUUAUGGUCCCAUAGACAAUGCAAAUGAGUCAAGUGAGAACGCUGUGCAGUUUAAGAGACCCAUAUUACGCCAGUUAUUUGUGACAUUGAGCCCUGGACUUUGUCAAGAGAUCAAACACAAUGUUUCUUGUUUUAAAAGGUCUCUAGGUGAGAGUAUCAAUGUAGAUAUUGAUGUUGUACCAGAUUCCUUUCCUGAUCUUCCAUCCAAUUUAUAUCCUCUUGUAAUAACAUUUGGCAAAUUUUUGUUGAUGCUUGAUAUGACAUUGGGUAAUUCUUACAUUAAGCAUCAAAAGAAGGAAGUGAACUUUGAAAGGUUUGAUUCGUUAUACUGGCCUCAUUUUAACUCUCAACUGAUAAAAAAAUUGGAUUCUUAUCUUGUGUUCACUGAGAUAAUGUCACACAUAAAAGGAGGCGUAAAAGAAGCUGAGAUUGGCAAGUUGAGUCGAAAGGACUAUUGUACUUUAUCUCAGAGUCGAUCGUCGAGUAGUUUGAGCAUGGAAACAAGAGACAUGAUAUACGAUAUCUUCCAAAACUAUGAAAAAAUGAAGAUGAAAAAGGGAGAAUUUGAUGUGUCCGAUAUUGUAAUUGAUCUCCAUCAUAGACUAAAGAUGAAUGGUUACAAGGGUGAUAUAAUGAACUAUGUGUUUAUUGAUGAAGUGCAAGAUCUUACAAUGGCUCAAAUAGCGCUGUUCAAACACAUUUGUCGAAAUGUUGAAGAGGGUUUUGUUUUCUGUGGUGAUACAGCCCAAACAGUUGGAAGAGGUAUUGAUUUUAGAUUCCAAGAUGUAAGAUCACUGUUUUACCAGAAUUUCGUGUUAGAAUCCAAAAGUCGAUUUCCGGAUAAAAAGAAAGAGAAGGUGAAAGGUUGUAUAUCCGAUAUUUUCAUGUUGAGUCAGAACUUCAGUACUCAUGCUGAGGUACUGAAGUUGUCUCAAAGUGUCAUUGAACUUCUGUUUCAUUUCUUUCCAAAUUCUAUUGACAUGUUGAAGGUUGAAACUAGUUUGGUAUAUGGAGAACCUCCCAUUGUUGUACUAUCUAGGAAUGGAGAAAAUCCAAUUGUAACAAUUUUGGGAGAAAAUGGAUACAAUGGUGAGAACAUUGGAAGGUUUAGUGCAGAACAAGUAAUCUUGGUAAGAGAUGAUUCAACCAAGGAUGAAAUCAUGCAGCUUGUUGGGAAACAAGCUCAAGUUUUAACCAUUCUAGAGUGCAAGGGCCUCGAGUUUAAGGACGUGUUAUUGUAUAACUUCUUUGGUUCUUCACCGAUGAAAAGGCGAUGGGGGAUAAUUUAUGAGUACAUGAAGGAAAAGGGUAUGUUGGCUUCAAGUUCGCGUAUUAACGGUCAAAGUUUUGUUGACUCAAAGCAUAAAGUUUUGUGUUCUGAACUGAAGCAACUAUAUGUUUGUUUAACUAGAGCAAGGAAGAGGUUGUGGAUUUGUGAGGAGGAUGAAGAUGAGUUUGGUAAACCUAUGUUUUGUUAUUGGGAGAAGAAGAAUCUUGUGCAAUUUAAGAUACUAGAUAGUUCUGUUAACACAAUGAAGGUUUAA